AUGGCUUACUGUUUGGAGAUUAUGUCCACUCAAGCCAUCAACCCAAGUCAUGGCGGUUCAAUUUUCGGGCAUAGAGUGAUUCACUGUGACCGUGAAGAUGGUGAUCGAAGAUUACAUGCUGAUUAUUUUUCAGAAAAUCCAAAAUAUAAUGAGGCAAUAUUUCGUAGACGAUUUCGAAUGAGUCGAAAUUUGUUCUUACGAAUUGCCAAUGCUAUUGCAGAGCACGACAAUUACUUUGUGCAACAGAGAGAUACAAUCGCAGCAGAUGCAACCGAUGAAUACAUCCAAAUUGGGGAAUCAACAGCAAUUGAAAGUUUGAAGAGAUUUUGUAGAGCGGUCGCAGUGGUCUUUGGACAACGCUAUCUAAGAGCGCCAGAUGCUAAUGAUGUUGCAAGGUUGCUAGAAAUUGGUGAGAGGCGUGGCUUUCCAGGGAUACUUGGGAGUUUAGACUGCAUGCACUGGACUUGGAAAAACUGUCCAACAGCUUGGGCCGGACAAUAUGCUGGGCGUAGUCGAGAACCAACUAUUGUUCUCGAGGCCAUAGCUGAUUAUGAAUUGUGGACUUGGCAUGCACAUUUUGGUUUGCCGGGGUCGAAUAAUGAUAUUAAUGUGUUGGAGGCAUCACAUUUGUUUGCAAACAUUGCAAAUCCCCUAGGACCAAAGAAAAAGUUAUUUGCAAUGAUGCAAGAAACAUGUAGAAAGGAUGUAGAAUGUGCAUUUGGGGUCGUUCAAUCAAGAUUUGCAAUAGUCAAGGGACCAGUACGUUUUUGGGAUAAACAUGUAUUGCAUGAUAUAAUGACAUCAUGCAUCAUAAUGCAUAAUAUGAUAAUUGAAGAUGAACGUGAUGAGCAAGUCGAUAUACAAAGUUGGAGAGAAGCACCGGCUCCUGAGGUUGAUAUAUGUAGAGAUGAAAGAAUUGUCUUUGAAGAGUUUCUUGCUCGACAUAGGCAAAUCAAAAAUAAAGAAGCGCAUUAUGCGCUUCGUGAUGCAUUGAUCGAGCAUAUGUGGGAACAUUAUGGUAAUUCUGAUAAUUAA